UAUAAAAGUAAAAUUCCUAAUCAGUCGAUUGAUACGUAAUCAAUCAUAGGGGUCAAGGAAAUGUAGAAAAAGAUCAUCAACCAUGCAAAAAAUGGCACGGUUAAACCCAUUAAUCAAGAUGACCAUUGAGCAGUUAGAAAACAUUGUCGUUAAAAGUUCAACAAAAAAGCUUUCUUACUGACAAAUGUUUACCUCUUUGCCUCAGCACCGCAUUUUAAUAUGCCCGUGAAACCGCAGGUCAUAAAAACGCCAGGUGGUCAGCGGUUACUCAAUCCAAUUCAGCUUAACAACUUGGCACAAAUACUUCCAGAACCCAUUGAUAAUACAAGGGAAAGAAAGUUUCAGCCAUCUCGCCCACAUGUUUUCUCCAAAGGUGGCAUGAACAGAACUAAACAUGCUCCAGAUUAUUUUAGCAUCGGCUGUUGGCGAGAUCAACCCGAGAGAGCGCUUCCUAGUCUGGAAGGAAUAUUCCCAAUGUUAGAUGGAAACGACUACAUGUUACGCAAAUAUGCAAUUAAAAAAUGUUCAACCAUCGCGAGGGUCCAGGGAUUUCCUGCCUUUGCUUUGGAAAAUGGCGGCCAGUGUUUAGGCGGUAAGGAUAUUCUAGAAACAUACAACAUGUAUGGAGCCUCAAGCGCGUGCAAGCCAGAUGGAAGAGGAGGACCCUGGAGUAUGGAAGUGUACAAGUUUACCAGUAAGUAAAAAGCUUCUCAAACUCAUUAAUAAUUCAUCAAGUUAAAACAAAGAAAAUCACAACUGCGAAAGAGGUUUGGA